AUGGUCUGGAGAAACUCACCAUCCUCGCUGUCACUUGUCUCUGUCCUUUGUCGUGAACCCAUCGCAUUUGACACAAUGGACGGAAACCCUAUAACCCCUGAGGUGCCUAUGCACGUGGCGUCUGAACAAGACUCCGGUCAGCCGCUGUUCAAGCAAAGCCAUGCACCCUUCAAGAGCUCCCUCUUCCCAGAGACGGGCUCUCCGGAUGCGUACAAUGACCUUUUUCCUGCCCAUGGUCGGUGCGGUGACGACUUGCACUCCCUCUACCACGGUCCUCCCGCUUCCACUCGCCCUAGCCUAUCCACUACAGGACCUCCAAGCUUCGACUUUGCGUCUUUUCUUGCCACCGAGUUUGAUCUCUCCAAAGUGCAUGCAAUCAAGCAUCGGCUCUGGUUAGCUGGCCGCCCCGUUCCUCCUCGCUCCUUGCAAACCCAGAUUACGCUAGGGAGAGAAGUGGUGGUGAGUGAGAAAAUAGAACUCCACCUGGUUUGGGGAAGGGGCAAGGUCUACUUGAAGCCUUUAGCCAAGUUUUUGUUGUGCAAGAAGUUCUGGGACGACGAGUUGGGGUGUCGUGGCGAAGGAAAUUGUCAGGGAGGGCAAAGGAAGCGGGUCGGUGGCGGCUGGGAAGGGACUGAAGGGGCCGGGGGUGACCACAGUGACAGGGACAAGAUGAUGCUGUUGAAUACCGAGCAAGAGGUUGCAAGCAAGAAGGAUAGUUCCGAACUACUGUGCAAACGGUGCGAAGCCCGACAGGCAGCGUUGGGGCUGCUGUUCUCGUACGUAGCGUUGAUCCAGCGCGAAAGCGAUUUGGAGACGGCGCAGGAGAAGGGUCUGGUCCCAAAGGAGAUCAGGUGGCCGCAGUGGCGCUUGUUUGUUCACGAGUUCCUCUCCCCAAAGUCCCGCUACCAUCCGGUCCAUGACGAUAUCGCAAUCCGCUUCAUCUAUGGCGAACUUCGUCUCCACCGGCUCGACAUGAUCUACCUUGUCAGCAAGCCGCUGUCGCUCGGAUUCAUGCCGUUGUGGACGUCGUCCGGGGACUUUGUGGUGAACAAUUCGAGCUGGAUUAUCGGCGGGACGGCGUGGAUCGUGGUAGUGUUGUCGGCAAUGCAGGUGGCAUUAGGGACUGAUAUGGGCUCAGGGGAUCAGAACCCACCGUUGCAGAGGGCGAGUUAUGGAUUUGCCAUCUUCUCCAUGCUGGGUCCGAUUGCCUCGUUUGCCUUGUUGUUUGUGUAUUUGGUUGUUAUUUUAGUCUGGAACAUUGUAAGAACGAGGGAUUAUGAGAGGAAGAGGAGUGACAGGUUGGGGAGGGCAUGGAGUGACCUGCACCAGUCCAAGGAGAAGAGUUCAAAGCGUGGAAAAGUGUCGGCGGUUUGA